AUGCAAAUCCUUCAGCUCAAGCAGGCAAUCGUGCUCUCGCUGGCCGGCCUCGCUAUUGCGCAUCCUGGAGUUCAUGAACCUAGUUCUUUUACCGAGGUUUCCAAGCGAGCUUUCCUCAACAACGCCCACCGAAGUCUGAGUCAGUGUGCUGGACAACUCAAGAGAAAUGGCGUGCUUGAACGAGCUGCUUCUCGCCGCGCAGCCCUGUUUGAGACGUAUAAGAAGCGCUCCUUGGGUCUCCGCGAUACGGAGCAGGUGGUAAAUACCUCCCACCAUUCCUCCCUCCAGGUGACACCCAACACCCCGGAGUCAGAGCUUUUCUCGAAGGACCCUGUCUGCAUCCUAGCUCCGGAGGGUGAGGUCGGACCGUUCUGGGUGAAAGGCGAGCUUAUCCGCCAUGAUGUCUCCGACGGUGAACCAGGUGUUCCCCUCUUCAUGGACGGCCAAUUUAUCGACAUCAACACCUGCCAACCCAUCCAGGACCUCUACUGGGACGUUUGGAACUGCAAUGCAACCGGAGUUUACUCCGGAGUCCAGAGCAGCAUGAACGGCAACGGCAAUGACUCUUCCAACCUUGACAAGACCUUUCUCCGUGGCAUUCAAAAGACCGAUUCGGAUGGUGUUGCGGGCUUUAAGACAGUUUUCCCUGGACAUUACUCGGGUCGCGCAACUCACGUCCAUGUCAUCGCGCACGUGGGCGCUCAGGUCCUCGCAAACAACACGCUGACUGGAGGCCAUAUCCCUCACAUCGGCCAGCUCUUCUUCGACCAAGACUUGAUCUCACAGGUCGAGGCUACCUACCCUUACAACACCAACACCGUUUCCAUCACUGAGAAUGCCGAUGAUCAUGUGGUUCAGGUUGAGACGGAGGACAGCAACUCUGACCCCUUCUUCGAGUAUGCUUUGCUAGGUGACUCGAUCGCGGAUGGUGUUUUUGGUUGGAUCACACUUGGAGUUAAUGUGACUGCAAGCCAUGACACCAGUGCUACUUGGGCUGCCACCCUUACUUCCUCUGGCGGAGUUACCAACGACGAUUCUUCGAGUGGGGCUGAGAUGUAA